CCUCUCCCCACCCCCAGGAUGGCAGGACACCACCCAGCUGCCCCCUCUGCAGCUCAGAUCUCCCCCGAAAGGCCUUGCAGGGGCAAGGGAGAGCCGUGGGGGUUGCUGGCAGCGUGGAGAGCGAAGCCAGCCAUUUGUCCUGGAGGCUCCAAGUGCAGAAAAUGUCCAUUCCUGCAUGUGAUUUCAGGGACAUGGUAUAUCAAGGCCAUUGCAGCAAGAAAGGGCAUCUUAGCAAAGAAGGUGUCCCCUGUCACGCUCUCAUUGCUGAGCAGCGGUAACGUACAGGCCUCCUUCACGAAGAGGAGCAAUGGUCAGUGCCACAAGAUAGACAUCAUUCUGGAGAAAACUGGGGUACCUGGCAGAUACAGAGUCUCUGGGGCCCUGCACUUCCUACACAUGGAGGGCUCCUCUGUGAGGGACCACCGCCUGUUUUUCUCUGAAUUGCAAUUUGAGGGGGAAAGAUUCCAAGUGGCCAAGCUCAUGGGUAGGAAUCCCGAUGUCAACACAGAGGCCCUGGAAGAAUUUAAGAAAUUCGCUCAGCGCAAGGGAUUCCUGGAAGAUGACAUCUUUAUACCCCUGCAGACAGGGCAAGGGACACCUUGGCUCUUCAGAAGCCCCAGAGCAGCACCACCUGGCACCUCUGUCCUGCCUAGGGACUUGAGAAAAUGCCCCCCCCAGCCCAGCCAGCUGCCCCCUACCACCACCCCCUUCCCUGUGCCCCCUCUCCUGGUUCUCCAUAAAGAGCUUCAGCAGUCCCUGUGA